AUGGCUGACAACUACUCCGGUGACGCUACGCAGACGUUUCUGCUUAACGACAUUGAACGACCUAUUAUUGGCGGGUUGCUUGGCAUCAUAUCCGUGUGCAGCUUUUACGGUAAUAUUCUAGUCAUUACAGCCUUCACUCUCUCCAGGAAACUUCAGAACACCACCAAUAUAUUCGUGGUGAAUCUCAGCGUGGCCGAUCUGAUCACCAGCCUGGGGAUCCCGGUCAACGUGGUGGCCAUUGCCAGUCCGCGACUCCUGCCCGGCUGGCUGUGCGUCUGGUGCGGCUUCUUCAGCGUGGUCUGCGUCGGCUGCAGUGUCUACACCCUGGCCUGCAUCGCCGCCUACCGCCUAAAUGUCAUAUCCAGGAGGCAAAGAGGCUGGACCAAAUUCGCCAGAGCCGUCAUCAUUUCGGUCGUUGUCGGGCUGACAUGGAUCAUUCCUGGAGCGGUGGCAGCGUUACCUUUAGUCUUCGGUCUGGGCGAGUUUGGCUACAACUCUAAAUACAGCUCCUGUACGUGGAACUCAUACACGCAAACCACCAUGUAUAGCUUGAUUCUGUCAGCCUCAUACUACCCAAUCCCAAUGAUCAUAAUUACCACCUGCUACGCCAAGAUAUUCUUCAUACUUAGAAACGUGAAAAAGCGAGUAAACCAGGAGCCAACUGUGCCAAGCUUGUCAUCUGGGGUACUUCGCCCAGCUCAACGAGCUCCGUGCGCAAUGGAGAAAAGGCAAGCUACUGUCACCAAGAACAUGUUUUACGUAGUGUGCGCAUUUUUGUUGUGCAUGACUCCGUACUCGGUGGCGUUGGUCACUCCAGGCAGCGACACGUUCAUCCCGUACGCAGGUGUCAUCUUGAUGCUCAGCAGUAGUGUAAACCCGACCAUAUACGCCACCAAACAUCCAGAUUUCAGUAAAGUCAUGAGGAAAAUAGCCACCUGCAAAUUCAACCAAAUCCCACAUAACGUCCUCAAGUAA